UCUACAUCCCUUCUACGUCUCCCCACCCCUUCUACCAUCUCCCUCCCUCUCUUUCCCUCAGAGACACUUCUCUUUAUUAGGAGAUCCGGGAAGCUGAGACUCCUCGGCUGCAUGACUGACACAUUGCGCACAGGCGCCUGAGCAUCAGCCCCUCAUUGCUGCCCAAUUUCCUUCAUUUUUGCCUCUCGCAUCUGCUUCAUUUUGAUACUGGAUCCGCGCCCUCGUCAGCAGAAGGCAGGUAUUCAAAAUGGCAGAAAUGGAUGGAUUAAUGGACAGGCUGGAGAAAGCUGUUAUUCGACUUGAAUCGGUGCUUUCAAAUUCUUUUUCUUCCAGCUCAGCUGAGAAUAAUGUUGUUAAUGGCAUAAAUGGAGGUGUCGUCCCAUUUGUGGAAGCUUUUGAUGCGCUGAUGGCUGGGGCCUUGGAGGAAUAUGUCAAGAAUAGUAAAGUUAUUGGUGGGGAUGUAGAGACACAUGCUGGAAUGGUGGAAAAUGCCUUCAAAGCAGAAAGAACAUUUUUGGUUUUUGCUUCACAACACCAGCAACCCCCACAGGCAGAAGAAUGCUUAAUCCUAAAGCCGAUUUCUGAAAAAAUCCUUGAAAUACAGUCAUUCAGAGAAAAAAAUCGUGGAAGUCAACUAUUCAACCACCUUUCUGGCAUCAGUGAAAGUAUACCAGCGCUUGGCUGGAUUGCCAUGUCCCCAAAACCAGGUCCCUAUGUCAAAGAGAUGACUGAUGCUGCUACCUUUUAUACUAACAGGGUACUUAAAGAUUACAAAAGCACUGACCCACGCCAUGUGGAUUGGGUCAAAUCAUACUUGAAUAUUUGGAGCGAGCUGCAAGCAUACAUUAAGGAAUAUCACACUACAGGAGUUUCCUGGGGGAAUGCUAUAUGUUCAGUUCCAUCAACUGCCAAAGGAGUCGCUCUACUGCAAAAAUCAUCUGAGUCAAGUUGUCCACCCCCUCCCCCUCCUCCUCCCCCUCCAUGUCCUCCUCCAAUGGCUGAUUCUCUAGAUUCUAAAGCCAAAGAUGAUAUUUCCCAAGAUCGCUCUGCAUUGUUUGCCCAGCUUAAUCAGGGAGAAGCUAUUACAAAAGGGCUCCGACACGUUUCAGAUGAACAGAAGACUCAUAAAAACCCUAAACUGCGGAGCCAAGGAGGAUCAAGUAUAUCACCUACAAAGAGUCACACCCCAAGCCCAACUACACCUCAAUCUCCUCCACAUCAGUCUUAUCCUCCUUUGCUCGAACUGGAAGGAAAGAAAUGGAGAGUGGAAUACCAGGAGGGAGUACAAGGCCUUGUUAUUUCUGAAACUGAACUCAAGCAAGUGGCAUACAUUUUUAAAUGCAAGAAAACAACAAUACAAAUUAAAGGAAAAUUAAAUUCAAUUAUAAUCGACAACUGCACCAAGCUUGGACUUGUGUUUGAUGAUGUUGUGGGCAUUGUAGAAGUAAUUAAUUCCAAAGAUAUUGAAAUACAGGUAUUAGGAAAAGUACCAACCAUUUCAAUUAACAAGACAGAUGGAUGCCAUGUAUACCUGAGUGAGAAUUCAAUAGACUGUGAGAUUGUGAGUGCCAAAUCAUCGGAAAUGAACAUUCUUGUCCCGCAUGAUGGAGAUUAUAAAGAAUUUCCUGUUCCUGAACAGUUCAAGACAUCAUGGGACGGUUCCAAGUUGGUCACUGAGCCUGCAGAAAUGAUGGGCUAGUCUGGCGCUGUAUUUUUUCUACAAGCACCAGCCUGACAGAGGGUGAUUCAUUUCAUUGUAAUUGGCAUUGCCUGCAUUUCACUUGCAGAGCACUGCAUGUACCUCCAACAUGGAAAUUGUUUCAUAGUAUGAACUAAAUUUAUAUUGCUUUUGUGGGCAUUUAGUAACUCCACACAGAAACAUUUCUAAUAAAUGUAACAUUUAUAUGCAUUUUUUCUAUAGCAAAUAAAAUAAAAGGAAAUGGGGAAGGGCAUUUACAAAGGGGCUCAAUACUAAAGUAGGCAAAAUAUAUUAUUUUAGCUAAGAACAUCCUAAAUUUAUAAAAUAUUGUUAUAUCAAUGUGUUCUAUUGAUCAGUGAUGUAACUAAAGUCCCAUGCACCCCCAGUGCCAAAUUUUAUCUGCCCAAUCACCAACAAUUUCUCAUAUUCAUUAACAUAAUCAACUCAUAUAAUCCAAGACUUUUAUGGGAUAGUGGUUUGGCUCCUAUAUGCUAUAGCUUUUUCCUCUUUGGGAAAUGUUUUUUGUGCUCUUGGGGUACCAUCGGGUAACGGGCCUGGGGUGCAGUCAUGGCUUUUGUACCUCCUGUAAUUAUGUCCCAGUUGUUAAAAAAUAAUACAAAUCUGUAAAUUCUGGCAUAGCUAAAGGUGUGCUUCUAGGUAAUGAAGAGAUGGCAGAUGGCUUAGCUGGAUUAAUAUAUAGGGCCUGGAUAUCAGCAUAUUUUUUAAAAAAGCAAGAUAAAAAAUGAGUACCUUUUUAUAGGCACAGAUAUCUAUUACUGCUCAGAAAUAUCCCAGUAUUGCUGUAAAUUUAUUAAAGCAGCUAUUUGUGGAUAUUUGUGGCAUGUCACAGGUAUGUGCAAUAAAUCACUGGCCUCAAUAUUCAAUGAGACCCCUUACUAGGUAUCGGUUGGAGGAUAUAUGCAGAAGCCAAUGCAUACAGUACAUGCUCUCUAGUUCUGAUAUAUUUGUGGGUAUGUGUGCCCCAAUUAGCUUUUUUCCAAUGGCAUUAUACAUAACAAUAACAAUUUUAGGGUCACAUAAUAAUAUAAUAGGGGCCUUUAUAAUAAUUCAGUAACCUUUUACACAUGCCACAUAUUAAUAACAACUGUAAUAUCAGCUAAUGUGAGAAUGAGUAAUAACUUGAAAAGACAAAUGAUAUAGGUUGUGAUAAAAACUGUAGCUAGUAAUAGAAAAAUAUAGAAAAAUAAAGGUACAAUCACAGUAGUCACCUUUAGACAUUGUUAAAUUUCCCCAACACUGUUCAAAUAAAAAAUACCAUGAAAAAGCCAUUCUGUACAAUUACAAUAUUGUGACCAGGAAAGCACAAAAGUCCAGUCCCAAACAUAAAGAAUCUUAGUUCAAUGUGGAGAGAAGCAAUCGUGUAUUUAUGUCCAGUCUCCAGAUUAUUCAUUACACAGCAGGGACUACAUAUAGAAGUGCAAUAAUAACAGUUGGUAUAGUAAAAAUAACACAGGGAAGCAGAGCUCAGUGCUCUCUAAGGUGGAGACAAAUGAAACCUCUCAUGUGGGUGAAAUCUUUUGACAGCGUAAAAUUCUCUCCAAAUCCUGUGCUAUUGUUUGGAGCCUUUUGUAUCAAAUUCCAAAAUGUUGUUUUCUUUUCUUUUCUUGAAUAAGCUGCUUCACAGAGUAACAAUUCUUGGAAAGCAUCUACUCACUGGAUCAGUUCUUAGUUUCACUUAAUAGAGCUGUUCCAUCUCUAUGUGCCAGGUUUAGGGUAGGUUAAAUUGUAAGGAGGGGUUGGACUAGCCUGCCAUUGCACCAGAGGGUCUCCCAGUGGGCUUCGACUCUACUGGGCCCAGGAAAGAAAAUUAUAAGAAUCAGCAGGGCAAUAUGCUUACAGAACAACUUGGAUGCAGAUGAACGUGUGGGGAUGGGUGAUAUUUUUGCAAGGGUAUCGAUGCUAUGAACAAAAAGAUGUGAACAUCAAAGAACUAUAAUUCAGGUUGGUUAAUGGUCAACUUAAUGACCAUGACGUUAUAAUCAUACAGAAAAAUGCUAAAUAUAGAAAAUAAUGAUGAUGGAUGCUCUGGCUGAUCUCAGCUUUUAAGCAGCCACCACAGACGGUUUCCUAUAAAAUUAAAAGAAAGGUUCAUUAAAUAACCCUGGCACAAUGAUCACUUGAAACCCCGAGAGGGCAGUUAUCGGCCAAUAAUCACACAAUAAAAUCAGACCUCAGUUACAGAAUCUUGCAAGCAUGUUUAUUAGUAAUAUUCCCAUAUGCAGCACAAAUACAUCAUGCAGUAUUUAGAGCAGGAUUGUAAGAUAGAAGGACAAUAGCUGGAUAAUUAGAGAUGCUGGUGGUCAUCUGGUUUUAGAAAACGUAGAAGCCCAAAAAUAUAAAGAAUCUGCAAAUUCAACUACUCAAAAAUAGGAAGUGUUCCAAUUGCCACUUUCAAUAAAGUGAUCAACGUUGGGAAGCAUUUUAUUUCUAGGAAAGAGCAUUCGAUUUACUGCCUCUCACCUGAUCGUUUUGUUUCAUUCUGCAAAGUACCAGAAUAUUUAUAUAAUGUGUAAAUAGCUAGCUAGGAUAUAAAUAGAGGCCUAUGAUUACAUUUCAGGGGAAACAGACAAAGAAAGUGAAGGUUCAUUUCCACUAAAUGGAUUUUAUUUUCAUGACCUGAAUUUGUUGAGAAGAUAUACAGCUCCGUAACAAUGUGUCCCCUUUGGUACAGGUAGUACAGUGCAAUCUAUAUUUGACAAGUAGAUGAUGUUUAAGUUAAGUCCAUAGAGAAUACCUGAGACAAGCAUUAUGGCAGCUAUUACUGAAAAGAUAGCAUACAUGGUUAGUUCCAAAUUAAUGUAAAGUAAAAUUGAUUCUGCAUUUUGCAGCCUUUGUGCCACAACUGGGCCUUUUAUUGAAUAUUACUGGGAAAUUGCCCCAUUAUUUUAAUUCCUUUAAAAAUGCAAUUAGGCUGCUUGUUAAUAAGGUGCAUGAGUUUCCAUUUAUCCACAUUCAUGUUCACUGGACCAUGCUGGCAAUGUAAAGUACCAAAUUAUGGGCCAAAUUCAGUUCGAUAAGAAACUGUUAUUCUAUGGUUUAUCACAUGAAAACUUAUAGGCGAGAUUCCAUUUGAGAAAUGUUUUUCAUUUUUUCCGCAUAGUAGAGUUACAUGUGAUAAGCAGUGAGAUAAGUUUUUAAUUGAAUUGCAUUUGGCUUUAUGGGAAAAUCUGGGAUUAAAUUGGAAGAUAAGCUUUUCUCAUCAUUCUCUCAUUCUUUUAUGCAAAAUUCUCUGUAUACACCAAUUUGGCAUGCACUGGGCUUACAGGGAACAUUGAUCCAUACUUACCCGCAUUUUUAUUUGUUAUUUCCCUUUCUGUUCUAUGUCACUGAGUCAUCUAGAAUAGUUGCACAGUAUUUAUUUGAGACAUAAAACACUAAAUAACUUGCACUUGUGGAACAUGAUCAUUCACUUGAAUGGCUGCAGUUACUGUACCCAUGCAUUGUAUUAAAGCCUGUAUGCUAGCCCUUAGGUUAGCUCAGUGGAUCUGGAUUAUUAAUAUAAUAUAUAUUUCUUUGUCAGAAUUACUAAAUGCCCAAAAAAAGCAAUAUUUUAGUUUCCACUAAUUGCACAGUUAGCGUACCAAUAUCUUGCUUAGUUUUUUCUUGUUUAGAAUAAGUUGCAGUCCUCUAGAAUGUAUAAUAAAAUUGUAACAGCUGUUAGAAUUGCAUUUAUGAUGCCAAAAGCAAAUGUGUUAUUCUGCUAUAUUAACCCUAUCAAACAGCAUUCCGUUUUAUUUCUUUUGAUGGAGUUACUUUAGGCAGUGUGUUUUGUAUGUUUACAUUUAUUUGUUUAAGGCUUACAGAAUAUGUUUCAUUAUGGAUCAACAACUCUCUACUGAAUAUAUUAUUAUUAUUAUUAUUUGGAACAUCUGUAGCAAGUACACUCUUCAAAAAUCCUAAAUGCCUGGUUACUGACAUAUUCACGUAUAUACUGGUGGCUUUUUCUGUUUGACUGCUGUAGAGCUGAGAGCCCUUGCGCCAGUGCGUUAUUCAUUCAGUUUUUUUAAAUAUGUUUCGGACAUGCAGAAAUGGAGUCAAAGGCAGGAGUCCUUUUUACAACUGGAAGAUCUUUUUUUGCUUUGUGGUUUUAGAGGUUUGGGGUUUUUUUUCAAUGAUUCCUUUUUUGCAACGAUACAAAAAAGACACAGUUUCGCCUUUUUUCUGCAUUUUUUUCAUCUGUGCAUUUUCAGUUCGGAUCUUUUAAUAAAUGACUAGACAUUUGUGGUUUUUGUGGAAACGAGUUUAGCCAUAUUUUCAUAAAAUUCUGAAACUACAAAAAUUUGAAUGUUGAUAAAUCUGCCCCAAAUUCACCCUUUAUUAGUAAUUUGUCUCUCUGACUAAUUCAGAGUAAAGCCAGCAAUACACGAAACCCCGUUUUAUAUGAUAUUUGGCGUGUGUAUGGUGACUCGACGAGACAAUAUCGCAAAGCCUGCUGAUAUCGGUCGUCUUGUCAAUCGGGCAGGUUAAAAGAUUUUGAUUGGGCGCCGUUGACAGGCCCGGAUUUGUGGUGAGGCCACAAAGGCUGGGCCUAGGGCGGCAUGCCACCCCGCCGCAACAACAUUUUCAAAUUUUGUUCCCAUACGGAGCAAUGGGGACCUUUCCCCACUGCUCCGUAUGGGAGUUUUAAGUUUGGCGCUUGUGCGGGGGGGGGGUUGCUUGUUCGCGCAUGCCUGUAAGCGUUCGGGGGGGAUUGCGAUAGGGGGGCGCCCCCAGUAGAAAUCCGGCGUUGGCCGUUGAAGGUGUCAGAGCAAAAUCUACGUUUAGGGCUGAAUCGGCAGGUGGUGGGAGAAUUUCUAUUGUUUCUACCUCCAUAUCUGACGAUUCAGCCCUUAUUCUCAAUGGUGGGUGGGAACUACCUUUCCUGCCCCCAAUGGUUGCACAAAAGAUUGUUAUUGGUCUGUACAUUAGCAUUAACUAACUUGAUCAUUUCAAAAACAGUACAGAAUUUGUAACUGAUCAUUUUUAGAAACUUCCUUACUUCCAGAAGGGAAAGCCUAUGUUAAAUUAGGAUAGUUCCCCUUUAAAUAAACAUUGUUCUAUCAUGUUAAAAAGAAAACUUAACAGGUAACCUUUUCCAAAAUGCAAACAGUAAAAGGCAAUAAAUAUACCCAAAAAACAAAGUGAGCAUAUCUAUCUGCAUUUCUAAUUUGCUUUUUUUCUUUUUUGAGGACAAAACAAACAUGUGCAUGGACCGUACCAAGUUAUGCUGUUAAUAAAAAGAACCUAAUUCAUCCUGA